CGGCAGAAACCAGGGGAGGGAGGUCAGCAGCAGGGCCCGCAGGUGCCGGGCCCCCCAGGCUGCAGACCCCAGGCCUGUCCGGCGCAGACACGGAGGGCAGGUAGCCGGCAGCGCCAACCCUCACCCUUGCUCCUCGCUCAGUGGCAAAAACUCAAACGGACACCGUGGGGCCCUCGAUAAAUGUUUGUCCCCCGGGUGAAUGAGCCAGGGCGAGGAAGGGGGCGUGUCUGAAAGUGCACCCUGGGUCUGCCGACCGCACCGGAUAAAGCGCUCGCCGCCCGCCCGAGGCCGCCGCAGGCGGAGCAGCCAUGCCCAGGUACACGGCGCACGUGCGCGGAGAGUGGCUGGCCGUGCCCUGCCGGGACGCGCAGCUCACGGUGGGCUGGCUGGGCCGGGAGGCCGUGCGGCGCUACAUCAAGAACAAGCCCGACAACGGCGGCUUCGCCUCGGUGGACGACGCGCGCUUCCUGGUGCGCCGCUGCAAAGGCCUGGGCCUGCUGGACAAUGAGGACCCGCUGGAGGUGGCCCUGGAGGACAACGAGUUCGUGGAAGUGGUUAUAGAAGGAGAUGCUAUGUCUCCCGACUUCAUUCCUUCGCAGCCAGAAGGAGUUUACUUAUACAGCAAAUACCGGGAACCUGAGAAGUACAUCGCCUUAGAUGGGAACAGUCUGACCACAGAGGACCUGGUCAGCUUGGGCAAGGGACACUACAAAAUCAAGCUCACCCCCACUGCUGAAAAGAGGGUGCAAAAAUCCAGGGAAGUCAUAGACAGAAUCGUGGAAGAAAAAACUGUUGUUUAUGGCAUUACUACGGGUUUUGGGAAAUUUGCCAGAACUGUAAUUCCUGUCAGUAAACUCGAGGAGCUCCAGUUCAACCUAGUACGUUCACAUUCUUCAGGCGUUGGGAAACCACUAAUCCCUGAGAGAUGCCGGAUGCUCUUGGCCUUAAGGAUCAAUGUCUUAGCCAAAGGAUACAGUGGCAUUUCCCUGGAGACUCUCAAACAAGUUAUCGAAGUAUUUAAUGCCUCCUGCCUUCCAUAUGUUCCAGAGAAAGGAACUGUCGGUGCCAGUGGAGACCUUGCCCCGCUCUCUCAUCUUGCUCUCGGGCUGAUUGGAGAAGGGAAGAUGUGGUCUCCAAAGAGCGGCUGGGCUGAUGCUAAAUACGUCCUUGCAGCUCAUGGAUUGAAGCCAAUUGUUUUGAAACCAAAAGAGGGUCUGGCGCUCAUCAACGGGACACAGAUGAUCACCUCCCUGGGCUCUGAGGCUGUGGAGAGGGCCAGUGCCAUCGCUCGGCAAGCUGACAUAGUGGCGGCCUUGACCCUCGAGGUGCUCAAGGGCACCACCAAAGCCUUCGAUACCGACAUUCACGCUGUUCGCCCUCAUCGUGGGCAAGUUGAAGUUGCUUUUCGGUUUCGGUCCCUCUUGGACUCGGAUCACCACCCAUCUGAAAUAGCAGAAAGUCACAGGUUCUGCGAUCGUGUUCAAGACGCGUACACCUUGCGCUGCUGUCCACAGGUCCAUGGUGUGGUGAAUGACACAAUAGUAUUUGUGAAGAACAUCAUAACCACGGAAAUUAACAGUGCAACAGAUAACCCUAUGGUCUUUGCCAACAGGGGAGAGACUAUUUCUGGAGGAAACUUCCAUGGUGAAUAUUCAGCCAAAGCCCUGGACUAUUUGGCCAUUGGUGUCCAUGAACUUGCUGCAAUUAGUGAAAGAAGAAUCGAAAGACUCUGCAAUCCCUCCCUCAGCGAGCUGCCUGCCUUCCUGGUGGCCGAAGGCGGUCUGAAUUCUGGGUUCAUGAUAGCCCACUGCACCGCUGCAGCCCUGGUUUCUGAGAACAAGGCUCUGUGCCACCCCUCGUCCGUGGACUCUCUCUCCACCAGCGCGGCUACGGAGGAUCACGUCUCCAUGGGAGGAUGGGCAGCCAGGAAGGCCCUCAGGGUCAUUGAGCAUGUGGAGCAAGUGUUGGCCAUCGAGCUUCUUGCAGCCUGCCAGGGCAUAGAGUUCCUCCGCCCCUUGAAAACCACCACUCCACUGGAGAAGGUCUAUGACUUGGUGCGCUCUGUCGUGAGGCCCUGGAUAAAAGAUCGCUUCAUGGCCCCAGACAUUGAGGCAGCGCACAGGCUGCUCGUAGAGCAGAAGGUUUGGGAAGUAGCUGCACCAUACAUUGAAAAAUACAGGAUGGAGCAUAUUCCGGAAUCAAGACCUGUUUCUCCAACAGCAUUUUCACUGGAAUUUCUGCACAAGAACUCUACCAAGAUCCCAGAGUCUGAGGAUCUUUAAUGCUUUUUGUCAUGAAUUAGCAGAUUAGAUAGCACUUAAUUUUACAGAAAACAGUACUAUGCUGAAGGAGAGACCUGAGAACUUUCUCAGGUGGAUCAAUCUAUUACAUGGUUUGGGUCUUAUAAUACCUGCUCUGGUUAGGCUGGUGAUAAUAUUACAUUUACUAAAUCUAGUACUGUGUUCUUGUUGACCUGGUUAGAGAUGUAAACGGUGUUUCCAGGUUAUGGGACUUUAAUUAUUUCUUAACGAUAUCUACACGUCGCUCAUUCCUAAGGGUGAGAAGAGUAACCACAAUUGUGUGGAUGUUUGACUCUUGACAUUAGAUGAACUCAAAUCUUGAAAAAGAUUGAUGGCAUUCUUUUCCAAAAACAUUAGGCUUCUGUGAAUCUUUUGUUUUGGUUUUUUAGUUGUUUUUUCUCUUUGUUUUUGCUUUGACAAGUUCUAGUUAACUUUGGUGGAUUAUACUAAGCCAUGAUAUGAUGAUUGUUCCUUAAUAUGUCUUUGUAAACAAUACUUUUUAAGUCAUAAUUUGUUCUCAAGCUGCUUCUUGUUUUAUUAGUUGAAUUGUAGUAAAGAAUAGUCAAUUGGUCAACAAGACAUUCUGCAUCAAGGAGUUAAGGAAUGAAUAGAAAGAUUGCUAUUAGAGUGGUUCUCAAUGAACUGUUUCAUAUUUAUCAAAUGUCACUAUACAUAUCAAAGAAAGGAUUCAGAUGCUUAAACUGUAGUAGGAGGUUAGUGUUAUUGCUGCCUUAUUACGUGUUAGUACUUUGUUCAUGUUCUUGUAAUAACCUAGCUUAAGAAGCCUCCUCAUUUCACAGGUAAGGAAUCUGAUGUUUAGAAGUUACCCAACCCUUCUCUGUAAUGGUAAUCAUUGAAACAAGGCCCUGUUGACAGAGAUCAGAUGGGCCUCAGGAUGUUACCCAGUCUGUUCCCUCCCCACUGAAGAAGAUAAAGGACCUCUUGGGAAGGCUUAAGUGUAAUUGUCCAAAAGAAGGAUGGGUCUAACGACUUCUUGACUCCCUGAGGCUAUGACUCUGCACCGUUCUCUGCAAACAUGAGCAAAGCUCUCUCCGAGUGCAGUGAAUCCAUGGCUCUGACGACUGCAUUUGGUCAAGGAAAGGGCAGCAUGCUUGCCCACUUUCCCACCUGGUGACAGCCUCAAACGGCCCAACAUGCAUUUCACAGCAGAGUUUUUCCUAAUUGCAGCCUGUCCACAGGAAAGGUGGAGACAGAAGUACAAACCAAAAUGUGCUGAGGAACCUGUUGCCCAAAAGGUGGUUCUUGAUGCUGUUCUUUGCUGGAAUGUGGACACAGGAGUGAAGUUUAUUCGUUCUCAACCAUGAGCUGCAGUGAAGCAAGUCAGCCCAGUGGUUUGAGGCUGUUUGUCACUUUGCCGUGGGGUGUGCUGGUGGCCACGGCUGGUCCUCUGGGCCCUUUGUUAUUGGGUUUUCUAUACAGCUCUGUAACUGUGCCCUCAAGGGAAUUUCAAGGUAAAUGUGGAAUAAACUAAGUCUUACUGUCUUA